AUGCCUUCUGGAGAGGGAAAACCUCCGUGCCUCCGCUGUGCCCGACACAGUCAGGUGGAUUUUCAGGUUAAGCCUUAUGCAAAAUGGACCCGGGAAACACAGUCUUUUGUAACUCAAAUGUACUUGACCAUAAACUACUCUUCUUGGAAGAAAACAGGUUGCUUCGGAGUGACACAAAAGCAAUGGGGCACUGAUGGUCAGAGGACAUGCACAGGCCUUCAGCGGGAGAGUGCUGCGGAGAGAAAAUCAAGCUCUACCCAGGAAUCUCUGUCAUCACAAGACACAACAUUGAUUUCACCGAUAGUCAUUUCACAGAUGAUUGAUGAGAAUAAAUCAAAAGAAAAUUGGCCUGCUUUGCCUAUGCAGUCCAUGAUCCCCCAGCCCAGUGCUUAUGACAAGAAGCAAUCUUUGGCUAACCAUGGUUCAGUCAACAUUAACAGAGCAUUUACCGUAUUUCCCAGUGGAUUAGAAAUUCAGGCAUCUUUAGAUAACACCACGUCUCCGCUGGACUCUCCCAUCGCAGAGGAAAACCAGUGUCAAAACCAGCAGAAAGGGUUUGCUUCCAUAACUAUUACAGCCAGGCGUGUUGCUGUGGGCUCCAGCGACCCAGCACAUGGACCUGGGGCUAUGCAAGAGUCCAACGCUGUGUCCCUGACCUUGAGCAAAGUCCCUGCUGCCCUCCGUCGCUGGCCUCCACCAGGCCACGCAAACCAACAUGCCUCUCCAUUAAAGAUUUCUGAAUCUUGCUCACAAUUAGGUGAAGAACCACGGAAGCGGCUUUUUGACCCUGGAAACAAGAACGGCGUGGGUCUUGAAAGCAGUGAUGGGAAAGAGAAAGUACCACCUUCAUUCACCUCAUGUGUCCACCUUCAGGUUUCUCAGCCGUGUCCAAAUACCAUCUAUUACUUAGACAAGUCGCUCAAUGUGUGCAUUGACCAACCUCGAAUUAAAUGCCAAAAAAUUCAUAGAUCAGUGUUGUCCUUCAAUAUAAAUUGCAGUUCGUCUAGAUUAACAGCAGAUGGAGUAGAUGGCAUAGCUAAUGGAGAGCCAAUAGAGGAGGUAUUUCAAACAAGGCUCCUAGGAGAAAACAAGACUCCACUCAGAUCAAACUUGAGUGCAGACUUAACAGAAAAUAAUGUAAUUAAUAAAGAGAAAACAAAUGAAGGCUAUUCGGGUAGUAAAUACCCUUUGCAAAGUGUCUUUGUCUCUGAACUUCCAGCAUUUGUGGAUAUCCCCAGAGGACCUAAUAAUGUAGUAACAACAACAAAAGAUGAUGAUAAGCAGUCUGGCAGCUAUCACACUACCUUUUCUCUCCAGCUUCCUAAUUCAAGGGAUGAGGCAGGAACACAAAUGCUGUCGGGAAGCAAGAAGCAGGAGUGCACCACGGGCAGGAGCAGUGCAACAGCUUCUGGCUCUCUUCCAGAUACAGCACCCAGAAAGGCAAUCGCUGCUGCUACUGAUGGCUCAUCGAGAAAGAGAGAUCCCUCCAAAGGCACCUCCAAAUCCAAAGAGAUCCAAGCACAGGGCGUCCUGAAACCAAAAAUGUCUGUCUCCAAUAGUAUGUGCAAUAUAAAAGCUUCCUCAAGAAUCCUCUCGGAAGAAAACGUUCGCAGGCAAAACCAGCUCCUAAAAAGUGAUUAUGAAUUCUGUGGUUCAAGUGACAAAAUAAAGGAGCGCAAGGAGGAGGACGAGCGGGAGCGAGCCAGCAGGGUAACUCUAUCCGCGGCUCGCUCGCCAGAUGUUACUCGUGAGAAAAACGACGCGCUCACCCGGCCAGAAACCAGCUCCCAGCCUGAGAAAACUCCACCAGCCCCGCGGACGCUGCGGGAAGCACUAGAAAUCCAUAAGCCUCAGUUCAUCUCUCGUUCACAAGAAAGGCUGAAGAGACUUGAACAUAUGGUCCAGCUGAGGAAAGCCCAGCGGAGCGAUGCUCCUGCAAGCAACCAAAGAGCACUUGUUUGCAAGCUUUCCUCGACAUCCACUUCAAGCAAAAAAAAGCAAUACACCAUUCCUCACCCUCUCAGUGAUAACCUCUUCAAACCAAAGGAAAGAUUCAUUCCAGAGAAGGAGAUGCACAUGAGAUCUAAAAGGAUUUAUGACAAUUUACCUGAAGUCAAAAAGAAACAAGAAGAAAAACAGAAACGGAUCAUCAUCCAGAGUAACAGACUGCGUGUUGAGAUCUUUAAAAAGCAAUUACUGGACCAGCUCCUUCAAAGAAACACAGAGUGACAAAGGAUUCUCUUGCC